GGCGCGUAGCAGUUGGGUCACGUGCCAAGCGCGCGCGCGGUAUUUGAUUUUGAAUCCGCUCUUUCCACGAAGUUACGAAGAAAGGGUUAAAUAACAAACAGCGCAACGACAAAUGACGGUCCCCGUAUUACGGAUGUUGCUGCCGACUUUAUUUCGCGGAACAUUUAUCGUUGUCGCUGUGGCGCUGCGCGUCCCGCCCGCUCGCACGGCUGGCUGGCUGUUCCGCGAGUUGUUGCACCAGCGCAUCCGCCCCAUAAUACGAACAGCCGCUAUGCUUUCCAACGGCGACAACCGAGCAUCGAAGCAUAAUAUUCAAGACACGCCGCCCUCAGAACGGACCGAAGACACAUUCGAAGUGAUCCCGGUCGACUAUCAGAGCAUCAGUGUGAAGCGACGACGCAUCGACGGAUACGACAGCCAGGAUCGGAUGACAGCAGCCGCCAGAACGUUUCUGACUGUCCGUCACAACUCGUACGUAUUUCACACGGAAGAGUGGAAGCCGCGUGGCUGCAGCAUGUACCUUCCCCUGACGCAAGAUGUCAUGCUCAACAUGCGACACAUUGAGCAAGUCAGCUUCGAGAACGACCAAUUCUUUCUGGCAGACGGCAAGGGGAACUACGCGGGAGCCAAGACAGGCAAUGCCAUUCAUCUGUGGAGGUUGGACCCAAAUACACGUAAACUCUACGUGUCACGCUCUUUGCUCUUCCUCAGAGAACAGGACUACCGGGAGGUUCAACUGCAGCUGGCAUCCCUCUGAAGUCUUUUGGACUUGUUCUGUCUGUACAGUUGUGUUCUACUUAAUGAAAAUGUGCUUUUCUUUAAAUACUACAAAA